CGGCAGACCUCUUAAAUGAGGGUGCCAGAAUGGUUGCUGAGGCUGCGGAAGGGAGGUGGUGGUGGUGGUGGAAUGGGAAAGAAGAGCCACACUGCUGGAGUUCAUUUCGAGGUCCCUCCAGGUUCUUCUAUCAGCACUCCAGUUCUUGUUCACGCUACCAGCCACUUGUUGAGGACAGGUGAGAGUAAGGUCACCAGCAGAUAUUCUGAUAGCAGUACGUCAGCCAGCACUCCUAUCCUGCCCCUAUCAUCUGUCACCAAGUCUGGUAGCGAAGACAGAGUCCGAGCUUCGUCUCCGUCCGUCUCCCUGCAGGGAGGACUGAGAGACACUGGGGACUAUGGAGAAUCUUGUGUCUUCCAUCGUAACGCAGUUGCGCGCCACAGUCUGGCUAGUAGUAACAGAAGCAGCAAUAGGAGUAUCACUCUGAGUCAGAGCAGCUGUAAUUCUGUAUCGUACACACCUGAGAGGCCCCCCAAAGCCCUUGGUAGCAAGAAUUUGGAUGACACUUUGCAUACAGUUAGUUUUCUGGGACAGGAUGUGUCGAACGGCAAAAGCAAGCUCAAGAGCCAGGGAUUAAGGAACCUUUUAAGAAGUUCCAGUGACAGAAAAGUGCAUUCGACCAAGGUCAACAGGUGUGGCAAUGAUAGCAGAAAAUUUCAUGUGAUCCAUUCAAGUUUAGACAGAAAUAAGCUGAGUAAUACAUCUGUGGAUAUCUCUCAGCCAACAAAUGUGAAGAGACAAGCCUUUACCACAAAUGUCACCAAAGAUAUAAGUAUGAGUAGAGCAAAGCAUGUGACCAUCAAAGACAGUGAUCUCUCCCUGUCCUUACACUGUCCAUUGCAAGAGAGCAACACGAAGGUGACAAGGGAAGGUCUGAGGAAGAAAUCGACGCAGAAAGAUUCUCUCUCGUCCUCCUUUCGUUUCUUCCGGAGACCCGAGGGGCUGCAGGUUGAGAAACGCCAAGUGAAUGGUGAUAACCCUGGUCAACACCCACAGCAGGUACCAACGCCCUUCUUAGCACCCUUGAUGGCACAUAAGAAAAAAACUAACAAAAUUAAAGACACCAGGAAUAGGAACCGGCCACAGAGCUACGACGAAAACACCCUGGCAAGGUCAGGAUCAUGCAGAUUCUCAGCAGAGUCUGCUAAGGUAGUUGAAAGGAAUUGCUCUUUCCGAGUUGUAAGGAACAUGAAUGUUUCUCCUGUGUAUCACCAAACACGGAUUUCCAUCAGUACUUCAAAUGGUGAUCAAAAACAAAAACUCUCCCGAGGUCUUGAUACUGCCGUCCAGUUAGCGGGUGACAGAGGCAUCAAGAAGCAAAAAUCGAAGUCCCUCCAACAGUGUAAGUGUCGAGAAAGUAGUUACUGUAAUCAGUGUAAAGGUUAUAAACACCAGACUCUCAAUCAGGAACUAGCCCACACCACAACUUGUGAAGAUUUGGUCAGAAACACGGUCAGGGACUCAGAGACUGGACAGAAACUCAGUUACUCCGAGGAAAACAAGAUAGACGAAACUCUUCUCAGUACUACUGAAAGGAGACCAUCUGUCCGGAAAGCACUAGAGACUUAUGAACAGCUGUACAUAGCAAGACGUGACCGUCAAAAGUUACAGAAUCGACCCACAGCAUUAUACAUACCAGUUGAAAGGAGCAGAGAAAGAGAUGGUGAGAUGAAACCACCCGAUGUCAAGGAAUACCUGCUUGAGUAUGAUGAGCCGGGAAGACCAAUUUCUGUAGCAGCAGAAGAGUCCUGGGACAAAAUCUGCAAAAGAAGUCCCAAUCUGUCCCGUAAAAGAAAUUUGUCUCCCAGCACAGUAGAGACUAACAAGGCACUCAAACCAUGUGGGUCUGGGGAAAACAGAGUUGUGGCUAAUUCAAAGAGCAGACCUCAGCUUGAAGAUGAUACAAUGGAUAUGUACAAUUCCCUAAUGUUUACACAAGAGGAGCAAAAUUGGUAUUCAAAACCACUGACAUCAAAAUUCACUAAAGAGAGAGCAAGAGCUCCUCCAGCGUGCUCUGAGGAGCUAGAUGACCCGCUUGAGGAGAUAAUGCGAGCCUUGGAGGAGAAGACAAGGCCAUCACGUUCAAAACAAGAGGACUCUAGCGAUGAUGACUUUGUGGAUCUAGACGAGAUUUUGGUAGACUAUGAUCUUCCAGGGGUAACCACAUCUGUUGCCAGCAAACUGAGAGGCGAGGAUGACAACUUGGGGUGCGGGCUGAGCUACUUGCCAUCAACGGGUUCUUCAGCGGCACUUGGGUCCGCCACACCGCCACCAUCUGCCACCACCAUGAGCAGUGGUUGUGGUCUGCCUGCUACGCAACCUACGGCCGCCAUCAUCAACUCUCAUCCCCCUGCGCUUCCCCUUAACAGGCAACACUCCUUUCUGCCACACCCUCUAAACAUUUCCCAGGAAAAUGGCGGAGGAGGGGGCGGAGGCGGAGGCGGAUCAGGGACACGUCUGGGGUCGCCUGAGCGGACAGAGAAGAGCAUUAAGGUGCAUGUCAACUCCUCUUUCAAUGUAGUCAAGUUUGGUGAUGGAACGGAUUUAAAGAGCAUAAUUAGUGUGGUAAUCAGUAAGCAGGCGCCGGGCCCCCGCCUCUACGAGGGAAUGUUUGCCGUCAGACUUCACAACACCAUUACUCGCGAAGUUCACUGGCUCCACCAGGACCUUACCAUGUACCAGGUUGAAGAAAAAUACCCAGAAUUCCUGAGUGAAGACUGGAAGUUUGAGCUGCGGGUGCGUUACGUCCUCUCUGAUCUUCAUCAACUCUAUGAAAAGGACCGUCACACCUUCUGCUACUACUAUGAACAGGUUAGGAAUGAUUACCUAGAAGAUGAAAGUCAAGCAAAUGAAGGGAUUGACCAAGAUAUUGCCACUCAGCUCGCCUGUAUAGAAAUUAAGCGACUGUUCAAGGAUGUGUCCAGUAGCACGCUGGAGAAGAAAUCCAACUUUGAAUACCUGGAAAAAGAAGUUGGAUUCCACAAAUUCCUUCCCUCAUCCAUUCUCAACACAAUCAAAACAAAAACGUUGAGAAAGGCUCUUCAGCAGCACAUCAAAAAGUUCGGACAGCUCUCGGAGUCAGAGUGUUACUUUAAAUUCCUCGAGUUGUUAGGAAAGGUCAGGAAAUACGACCAGGAGUCAUUCCGCUGUGCACUCGGGUCAGGCUGGUCAAUCCCGGUGACACUGGUGGUGGGGCCGUGUGUGGGGAUCUCCUAUGUGACCGACUCUGCAAGCAAGCCUCAACACAUGGCAAGUUUUGAGCAGGUGCAGAACGUAGAGACGUUGACAACGGACUGUGCCGUGCACCGCAAGGCUCUCGUCCAGCUUAAGGUGGCAGGAACGGCAGAAGCGCUGAGUGUCACGUGUCCCAGCAUAGCCAGUGCUGAGAGUCUUGCCGACCUCAUAGACGGAUAUUGCCGCCUUGUCAACAACACGCGCACUUCCCUUUGGAAUACAAAAGUUCAUGUUUGGAAGUCUUUACCAUGCCCGUGCCAGACGCCACAAGAAGUGAGCGGGUCGGGCAGCGGGAGCUCACGGCACAGUUCAGAGACGGGCGGAGAAACCAAGAGAGGGGGAGGCGGCGGCGGGGGUGGCUCGGAAGACUACGCCGAGAUCGUCGAUGACGAGGGUGACUAUUCCACACCAGCAACCAAAGAUUACGAACUGGAGAGAUCGAACAUAGAUGUUGGAGAAAUCAUUGGGGAGGGACAGUUUGGUGACGUGCACAAGGGGGUCUACCACUCGCGGGAUGACUCCAAUGUGCUGGUCGCCAUCAAGACCUGCAAAGUAGAAUCGGAAGGCACCAUGGCCGAGAAGUUUUUAGAGGAAGCCUAUAUUAUGCAACAGUUCGAUCAUCCACACAUCAUCAAGCUCAUCGGCAUCUGCUCGGGGUGGCCAUUUUGGAUCGUGAUGGAGCUUGCAAGAUUCGGGGAGAUGAGAGCCUAUCUUCAGAACAACAAGGACCGUCUCAACCUGGCCACUCUAGUCCUCUACGCCUUCCAGCUCUCCACAGCUCUCUCCUACCUGGAGAGCAAGAAGUUUGUUCAUAGGGACAUUGCUGCAAGGAACGUUUUGGUAUAUUCCCACGACUGUGUCAAGUUGGCAGACUUCGGGUUGUCGCGGUGGGUGGAGGAACAGAGCUAUUAUAAGGCCAGCAAGGGCAAGCUUCCCAUCAAGUGGAUGGCUCCUGAGAGCAUCAACUUUAGAAGAUUUACUAGUGCCAGUGAUGUCUGGAUGUUUGGUGUAUGUAUGUGGGAGAUAUUGAUGCUGGGGGUGAAGCCAUUUCAAGGGAUCAAGAACAAUGACGUAAUUAAAAGAAUUGACAAUGGAGAGCGCUUGGCUCUGCCUCAGAAUUGUCCGCCACGUCUCUACUCGCUCAUGUCCCUCUGCUGGACCUACGAGCCCUCAAAACGCCCCUCCUUCAAGGAAAUUAAGGAAGUGUUAAGUGAGAUCCUGAGGGAAGAAAGAAUGCAGCAACACGAGACGAUGCGGCGAGAGAAUCGUCGCGUGCAGGGCAUGUCUUGGGGUUCUGAUGAGCCGCCACCCAAGCCAGCUCGAGUUCCGAUAAUGGUUGGUGGAAGAGGACACACUUCAACACCUCCCCCUCCCUCUGGUGUUGGGUCGCCGCCUCUCUACGCCCCCUCGCAGGUCAGUAGCGGUGGUCCCACCACCUACAUCGUCGCCCAGACUCCAGAAGUGCUCAGUCAGCUGUUGCGAGACGACCACAACCGGGCCGCCAAUACUCCGGGCUCGUACAUUUCCCCGGCCUCGGUCCUCAACACCCUGCCCGUUGACUUCGUCUCAACGCCGCGUUCCCCCCCUGCUGUCGCCGCCACGCAGUCCAACCCCCACUCCCCUUUCUCAACUCUGUCGCACCCUCAGUCAUCUCAUUCUGGGCCGUCUCAUCACAGCAGCGGCCAUUACUCUCCCCACUCUACUCUAUCCGCUCCUCAUUCUCCACUUGGCUCCCCCUCGGGAGCAUCCACAAGACGUCGAGGCGGGCGAGGGGGCACGCUGGAGCGCGGGGCAUCAGCAGCAGCGGGGGGAGGCUGGGGCGGAGCCAGUUCGGGGGGUUCCGGUUCACCGUCGCCGGUGCCUUUCUCGCCACCAUCUACACUAGUCAAGCGACAGGGAAGCCAGCACAGUGACACGGGGGACUGGACGAGCGGUGCGGGCAGCCUCGGGGGCCCGGGCACUGUAAACAGCUGUGGCCUGCCUGCAGACGUAGCAGAGUUGCAACACCGGCUCCUGGAGCAGCGACUGAGGCAACAACAGAGGCAGACAGAGGAGGACAACCGCUGGUUGGCGCACGAGGAAAACAAUAUGAGGAAGCGCAUGUCCCUAGCCACGAGUGCCUCGGAUAAGUCGGACUCGGACAGUGAAUCCCCAGUGGCCCAUCACCCCCCAUCUUCACCCUCACCUGCACGAACACAAGACCACCCAGAGAGAUCGGGCACUCCACUCUCCAAUGGGUCUGGGUCUGUGGCGGAAGAGCCAAAGAUUGUCGUUAAGCAAGUUGAACCAACUCCUACUGCUGAUUUAGACCGCAGUAAUGACAAGGUAUAUGAGUCGACCAUUCAUGUUGUCAAGGCCAUAACGGCCCUCACACACGACGUGAAGGAAGGUCAAACACACAACUACCUGGACCAUGUUAAGAAAGUUGGCUUGGAACUGAGAGACCUUCUUGGCACGGUCGACACUCUUAUCUCAACCAUCCCGGCUACUUCACAUAGAGAGGUGGAGCUCGCACACAAGGUUCUCUCUAAAGAUAUGACUGACCUGGUUCAAGCCUACAAGUUGGCACAGAAAUAUAGCAACACAACGCUGGACGAAGAGUAUCGCAAGCAGUUGCUGGCUGCAGCUCAUGUUCUUGCCAUGGACUCCAAGAAUCUGCUCGAUGUGAUAGAUGGAGUGAGAGUGAGACACGACAUGGCUGCCUUUUUGCCCAACAAACAUUCCGCUGUGUGAUUCAUUAGUCUGCGCCUCUUCUCUCCCUAAAUCUAGCAUUGGACAAUGCAUACUAAGGAUGAUGGCAGUUGGUACCUGGCCUCUUUCCAGAUGUGUAUUGGAUAAAGUUUACCAAGGGCUAGGUCAACAGUACCUGGUCUAUCCCUUGAUAGAGGGAUAGUCUGGACAAUCUCUCAGUGUCCGGCAUUUCUCCCGAUGUGAAUUAGAUGAAGCCAAGGACAGGCUGGUUUUGCCUAGCGAGCCCCUGAGCUGUGUUGGACAAAGUGCUCUGAGGAUUGGCAACUGCUGAAACUGAUGCUCGUUAAAAUUUGAUUUUUUUUUACAUUUGAAAUGACUGUAAUUGAAGUGACCUUCAUGUUUUGUGAUUCAUGUGGGCAGCAAGUGUCAUGUUCUGCUAAUGAUAAGUUCUUUGUACAUAAUUAUAAAGCAGGUAUGUACUGUACAUGAUACUUGAUGUUUGAAGUAAUUUAGUCAAUCAGUCAGUGACACUUAAGUGAUGAUAAACCAGGAGAGCUUUGAGCACUUGUGUUGCAGAUACUGUGGAAGGCAUAAGCUGCUAUUUUAUCACAUCUUGUUUAUAACACUCUAACAAUUGUUUUUUGUUCCUUGGUAAUAUUAUUCCUUAGUUGCAGACGAUGAGUCACAAUAAUGUGGCUCAAGAUACCUUGACCAAACCACACGAGAAGAUGAAGAGACGACAACGUUUCGGUCGUCGUCUCUUAAUGGCGAAUUUCUCUUAAUGAGAAAUGAUAGGACGAAGAGGUACACUAAGGGCAGAUGACACGGAAACGUUUCAUCGGAUCAUAAAACGUUUCUGUGUCGUCUGCCUUUCUCUUACUUAUUUCUAUGGUCUACCUAAGACUCAUAAACCUAGUGUUCCUCUUUGUUUUAUCAUUUCUUCAAGGGGCUCUGUCAACUUUCCUCUUGCCUCUUGCCUCGCUAAAACUCUGACACCUUACCUUGGCACUUUUUCUCCUGCCCACCUUCGUUACUCUCAGGACUUCAUAGAAAGACUGGGCCUACAGCCUCCUGUAAGAUGCUAAGUCUUAAUGUUGACUCUGUUUACUAAUGUUCCCCUUGAUAACGUUAUCUCUUUCCUUAGUCAGAAGGUGACUGAGGGCUUUCUUUAUCUUCUGCUUCCCACUGACAUUUUCCUUGAACUCAUCAGACUAUGUUGACUUUUAACUCAUUCUCUUUCAAUGGUAAAUACUUCUCUCAAACUUUUGGUGUUGCUCUGGGUUCCCCUCUCUUCCCUGUUCUUGCCACUCUCUACGUGGAACACUACUUUGAAACUGUUCUUCUUCCCACUAAUGGUACUCGGCCCCCUCUCUCUGGCUUUGUUAUGUUGAUAUUUUUGCUUUAUGGCUUCAUGACCUUAGUCUUUUCCAGCCUUUUCUCUCCUUUUUUAACAAUC